CGCCUCCACCGGCGGCGACAUUCAGAGAGGAGAUGGCGGCCAGAGGGGGGUUUCAGUCGGCACCGACGGGUGGUGGUGGUGGAGCAAUGGGACCAGGACCUCCGGUACCGGGUGCAGGACCAGGCAUGGGGCCCGGGACUCCCUCUGGAAGAAUGGGGCCGUCGUCCGGAGCGCAGAACCACAUGUACCGCUCCCCGAUGCCCGGGCCUGGGUACCCGAGACCAGGCAUGCCUCCAUCCAGCCGUAUGACUCCACAGGGACCAGCUAUGGGCCCCCCAGGAUACGGCAGUAGCCCUGUGUCUCGCCCUGGGAUGCCUGGCGUCAUGGACCCAUCUCGUAAGAGGCCGGCCCCCCAACAGAUUCAGCAGGUCCAGCAGCAGAACCGCAACCAGCACACAAAGAAGAAGAAGAUGGCUGAUAAAAUUCUACCUCAGAGGAUCAGGGAACUGGUCCCAGAGUCUCAGGCUUAUAUGGAUCUACUGGCUUUUGAAAGGAAACUGGACCAGACCAUAAUGCGCAAGAGGCUGGAUAUUCAGGAGGCCCUCAAGAGGCCCAUUAAGCAAAAGAGAAAGCUUCGGAUCUUUAUAUCCAACACCUUCAACCCUGCAAAACCAGAUGCUGAGGACGGAGAAGGCACAGUGGCAUCAUGGGAGCUACGUGUGGAAGGGCGUCUGCUGGAAGACACAGCUGUUUCCAAGUAUGAAGCCACCAAACAGAAAAGGAAGUUCUCGUCAUUCUUCAAGUCCCUGGUGAUCGAGCUGGACAAAGAUCUGUACGGUCCAGAUAAUCACCUUGUUGAAUGGCAUAGGACUGCCACCACCCAGGAGACUGAUGGUUUCCAGGUGAAGAGACCAGGUGACGUGGGUGUUCGCUGCACGGUCCUGCUCAUGCUUGACUACCAGCCCCCUCAGUUCAAGCUGGACCCCCGACUGGCUCGUAUGUUGGGUAUCCACACCCAGACCAGACCUGUCAUCAUUCAGGCCCUUUGGCAGUACGUCAAGACCCACAAACUCCAAGACCCACAUGAGCGCGAGUUCAUCAACUGUGACAAAUACCUGCAGCAGAUCUUUGAGACUCAGCGAAUGAAAUUUUCUGAGAUCCCACAGCGCCUGCAUGCACUCCUGAUGCCCCCAGAGCCCAUCAUCAUCAACCAUGUGAUCAGUGUGGACCCCAAUGACCAAAAGAAGACUGCUUGCUAUGACAUUGACGUGGAGGUGGACGACACACUGAAGACCCAGAUGAACUCCUUUUUGCUCUCCACAGCCAGUCAGCAGGAAAUCGCAGGACUGGAUAACAAGAUCCAUGAAACCAUUGAGACCAUUAACCAGCUGAAGACCCAGAGAGAGUUCAUGUUAAGUUUUGCCAGAGAUCCUCAGGGCUUUAUCAACGACUGGCUGCAGUCCCAGUGCAGAGACCUCAAGACCAUGACAGAUGUGGUAGGAAACCCAGAAGAGGAGCGAAGGGCCGAGUUUUACUACCAGCCGUGGGCUCAGGAGGCAGUUUGUCGCUACUUCUACUCCAAGGUCCAGCAGCGGCGACAGGAGCUGGAGCAGGCGCUCGGCAUCAGGAACACCUAAAGAAAUCGGUCCACAUGCAGCAGGAAAUGAGAAGAUGCUGUUGUGCUGUUGGAGACAACUAAUGUGUGUGCGUGGGAUUUUCAGACUGAAUUUCUCCCAGAGUUUCAUGAAAAACCUAGAGAGAGACAUAGAUACUAGAUGGCUUCACACCUAUAUAGGAUGUCAGUUUUUCUUUUUCACCCUGCAGCUCGGCCACGAUUGCGAUUUGGGUUCUACUUAGUUUUUGUUGUUUUUUUUUUUUUGGUUUUUUUGAAAAGUUUUGCCCCCACUCCACAACAGAGCUCCUCGAGCACAAUUUUCUUUUUUAUUUUCUUUUGCAUGUCUAAGGCUUACCUGGAAACAUUCCUCUCAUUUUGAUACAUUGUGUCCACACAAAAGUACAGAUUGUACACAAAUGAAAGCAGAGGGCAGAUUGUACCUGGCAACUCUUCAUGUAUUACGUCCCCGGAACAAAAAAAAAAAAAAUCUUAAAUCAGCCGGAAUGUGUCGAGACGGCUGUGUCUCUUUGUUCCCUUUUUGGAAAGUAAAUUUACAUUUUACACUCCUAACCCUUCCCCCCAGAUGCUUGCCCAUUUAAAUAAAUAUUAAUUGUGAUUGUGUUUGUAAUCAAUCGGGCUUCUUUGCUGCACAUUGGCUGUUCAUGUGUCAGUUUGUAUUAAGUUGUCAUCGGUUUGUUUUGACAGUUUGUGUCACAGUCUGUUGUACAAGCUCAGUCAAUCACAGCAGAAUAUACAUUGCUGUGGCAAAGCGGUUAUCUUUUGUUAAGGGUGCCAUUUAGUAUGAAGUAGUUUUUGUUUUUUAUUUCUUUUUGUUACUGUCAAUGAUCCUUGUUUUAAGAAUAUGUAUUAUAUCCGUACUUGUCUUGUUAGCUAGUACAGAUUAUCAUGGAAGUAGCUAGUAUGAGUACCUCUAGUCUAUAUAGUUUUGUAAAUACUGAGCAGAAAAAAAAUUGAAGAUGGAUGUGAAGUAAAAUGUAUCACUUAACUUGGCUGAUCUUUUUCUUAAGUCUUUGUCUACGCUCAGAUAGUUGAACCAGUAUUUAUAUUAUUGAUUGGCCCGCGCUCUCAGAGCCCAGCGAUUUAGCUCUCCACAGUAUAAAGAAGGCCGUCUCAUCUGACAGCCGCUGCUCUGCAGCGCUACAUGCAGUCAGAUUUAUGUUGCUUUCAAGGUGAGAAUAGUUACAAUUUCUGCAUUUUUAGACUAUUGUAAUUUAAUCCCAGGCAGAGAAGCCAUAAACAAAUGUGGCAGAGCAGAUUUGAGGAGUGGUAGCUUCUUCGUAUACUGACUGAUGACAUGUCAUCUUUGGGUUUAAUGGUUGUUUCCCUUUUUGAGGUUAAGAUGAGUGUCCUGGCUGAAAUUUUUGCGUGUGUGCAUUUUAUUAACAAAAUCCAAGAAUACACUAAUCAGGGUUUGGGCAGGUACAUGAUUUGGAAUGAGAGUUGGGAACCUCUGGGGUGUUAAAACACAACACUGGGGGGACUGUAGAAUUACAUGAAUCUGCAGACUUUUUCAUGGACCAAACCUAUUUUUCUGUAUGUUCUUAUGUUAUAAUAAAGGGUAUGUAAAAUGCU